AUGUCUGAUCCAUUGACAGCACAGAGGACACUUGCAUCGCAUAGCUUCGAUUGGGAGAUCUCUUUGGGAAUAUCUGCCCAAGCAGCACAUCCAUACACCAUCAUCGUAGGACCAAUUGAUGGUCGUCCAGAUAAUAAUUUAAACACAGUGGCCAACCGAGCCCCUUAUUGGUGGGAAUCAAUUUCAUCGAAGACACCGCUGAAAUCACAGCUUCAUGUCACAAGUGAUUAG